AGCCGUGUGGCAACUGUUGCAGUUGAAAGCUUUCUACGAAUUGGGAAAUUCGAGCACGCAUAACCAAACACGUCUCAAGGAAUGAAGCGGUGUCGUUUCGUCUUGAUUGGUCGUGCAUGGCUGAGAGCCUGAGACGACCAAGCCUCGCAAAAACGCGCUGAAGCUCGUAGCUUUAUCCAAAGCCCACACCGUAUCUUCUGUAUGGUCUGGAAUUCUCCAUUCCAUCGUCAAUGGCUCUGCUUCUUGGCGGUAUUCAACCUCAGAUACUAUCUUCCAUUCGUUAUGAUCAUAGAAAACCUUGUACCAGAGUUUCCAAUGGUCGCUUCCAUUUCGCCGUUAAUACUAGAAUUCGUACUGUUCAAUCCAUUCCUCCUUUUAAUCAGAGACGUAUUUUUGUGAGCCCUUCAAAAUCAGCGUCCAUAGAUGGGUUUCUGUCCAGAAGAAUCCAGAAGCUCUCUGUGAAGAAAAAGAAGAUGAAGAGUUUCUGAAGAGGCUUAGGAGAUGGUUCAGUUUCCUUCCUUCUAUUUUGCCUGGUGGAAGCUGGUGGGACUUCUCCGAAAAUGUCGAAAUUCAAGAAUCAGCUCGACCCGUCACCGUGUGGCGCGCGCUUGCCAAAAUGUGGCAACUUGUUGCUCAAGACCGAUGGGUUAUUUUCGCUGCAUUCUCUGCUCUGAUUCUUGCGGCGGUUUCGGAGAUUUCCAUACCGCAUUUCUUAACUGCAUCUAUCUUUUCCGCACAGGGUGCGGAAAUUACAGUUUUCCGUCGGAAUGUACUUCUCUUGGUUCUGUUCUGUAUAACUUCGGGAAUAUGCAGGUCAAAAUCUUCGGGAUACGAGGCUGCUGUUUUGGAAUUGCAAAUAUGAUACUGGUAAAGAGAAUGAGAGAAACAUUAUACUCCUCCCUUCUUCUUCAGGAUAUAUCAUUUUUUGACAAUGUAACAGUUGGUGAUCUGACAAGUAGGCUAGGUGCCGAUUGUCAACAAGUUUCACGUGUUAUUGGAAAUGACCUUAACUUGAUAUUGCGCAAUGUUCUUCAGGGAGCUGGUGCUUUAACCUACUUGUUAUUUUUGUCUUGGCCACUUGGUUUAUUUACAUUGAUGAUAUGCUCUGUAUUGUCAGCAGUUUUGCUACUUUAUGGAAGGUACCAGAAAAAGGCAGCAAAGUUGAUCCAAGAAGUCACUGCUUCUGCUAAUGAAGUUGCACAAGAGACAUUCUCUCUCAUUAGAACUGUCCGCGUUUAUGGAACAGAAGAGGAAGAACUUGGAAGGUAUAAAUGGUGGCUCGAAAAGUUAGCUGAUAUAAGCUUGAGACAAAGUGCUGCUUAUGGAUUUUGGAAUUUCAGCUUCAACAAUCUUUAUCAUUCAACUCAGGUUAUUGCGGUGCUGUUUGGAGGAAUGUCUAUUCUAGCAGGUCAUAUUACAGCAGAGAAACUUACUAAGUUUAUACUAUACAGUGAAUGGCUUAUUUAUUCAACCUGGUGGGUGGGAGACAGUAUAUCAUCUUUGAUGCAAUCUGUUGGGGCUAGUGAAAAAGUGUUCCAGUUGAUGGAUCUCUCACCUAGCAAGCAGUUCCAAGCGAAAGGAGCAAAGUUGCAGAGGUUAAUUGGGAAUAUUGAAUUUGUUAAUGUAUCUUUUCACUAUCCUUCAAGGCCAACGGUAUCUGUAGUGCAGCAUGUAAGUUUUGCUGUUCGACCUGGUGAAGUGGUUGCAAUAGCUGGUCUUAGUGGCAGUGGAAAGAGUACACUAGUGAACCUUCUGCUCCGCUUAUAUGAGCCAACCAAUGGUCAGAUUUUGAUUGAUGGCGCCCCUCUUAAAGAGCUGGACAUCACUUGGUGGAGAGAAAGAAUCGGAUUUGUGGGACAGGAACCUAAGCUCUUCAGAAUGGAUAUCAAUUCAAACAUAAGAUAUGGAUGCACUCGGGAGAUUAAGCAAGAGGAUGUUGAAUGGGCUGCAAAGCAAGCAUAUGCCCAUGACUUCAUCUCAGCACUUCCUAAUGGGUAUGAAACACUUGUUGACGAUGAUUUGUUGAGUGGGGGACAAAAGCAGCGAAUUGCUAUUGCUAGAGCUAUUCUCAGGGAUCCAAAAAUAUUGAUCCUUGAUGAAGCCACCAGUGCACUGGAUGCUGAGAGUGAACAUAAUGUCAAGGGCGUUCUCCGUUCUGUUAAAAAUGACUCCCUGACUAUGAGAAGUGUCAUUGUUAUUGCGCACAGGCUUUCUACUAUACAAGCAGCCGACAGGGUUGUGGUAAUGGAUAGUGGUAAAAUUGUUGAGAUUGGGAGUCACAGGGAACUACUCUUAAGGGACGGUUUGUAUGCACGAUUGACUAGUAAACAGGCUGACGCAGUGGCUUGAUUUUUCUUCUAUUUUGCUUCUUUCUCAUGCUACGCAGUGCAGUGGGGCAAGCAAUUUUUUCAACUGCUGACCCAUGUAUUCGUAGUAUUAAACAAGCGAAACUGAUCGGUUUCCUCAAGGACAGAUAUACACCUUGCUGCUGCUGAUGUUUUGGAUCGAAGAAUUUGACAGAAGCAGUUUCUUAAGGCAUAAACUAACGCAUAGUGAGGAGUAUAUCAGUAUAAGAGCCGAGCUUGAUUGAUAGCCACGAAGCCACCUUUGAGUUUUUGUUUAUAAUUAAUAAAGGUUUGUGUGUGAGUUAUAUUGAAUCUAUGAAUUCAUGGAUUAUGUAAAUGAUGCAGUCUAUUUGUAUUAUGCGGCAAGUGCACAAGCUGCUCCUUUAUGGGUUCCGACAGCCUUUCCUUGAUGAUAAUAUUGGUUUAUUUAAUACAAUUGUGUGUUUUAGAUCA